AUGAACGAGAACUGCACCUUGCAAGUCAAUGAUCGGGACUGCACGCUAGAGUUCAGCGACCGGGACUACAACCUGGAACUCAAUCAAUACGUCGACGACAAACACACAGACAAGCAGGUCGAGGCCGCAGUUGGAGCCGCAGACAGAGGCCAGGGAGAUGAAAGUGGGCGACAGUCUGCAGCAGACGGGAAACAAGAUCCGGAGUCACAGUCUGUGAUAGGGACGGUUAGGCGUCAUAGGCCUCGUCGACGUGAGUGGAUUAUAUUUGGUUCGGCUCUUGGGGCUGUUGUUCUUAUGGUUGUUAUUAUUGUUCCUUCUGCGAUCUUUGGAACCCGUCAGUCUAGGCCACAGUAUAAGCCGCCUACGAAUCAAUAUAUUCCAUGA